AUGUUUGUUGUAAAAUUUCGCUCUUUAGCCAAUUAUCAAUCCAUUGAAGAAGUUGUGGAUGCUUGUGUAUGCCCAACGUUUACUUAUAUUGCUUUGUUAACUGGCCAUGGCCAUCUGAAAGUUUGCAAUAUUCGUAGUGGUCAAUGGAGUUGCCUACUCCAAGGCGUUCAAUGCUUCUCAUGGAUAUUAAAACGAAACUACAACCAAAUAGAUGGAGAUUACAGUGUAAUAGAUGAAAGUUUCGGCGAAAAUUCUACAGAAGGGGCGUUAGUAGUCUUUAACAACCAAUACGUACUGCAAGUUUAUUGCUUACAAUAUGACCAACAACAUAAUUUACAUCCUAAUAUGGUUGCUGCAAUCCGACCAGAAGAAUUAUUAGAAAACAAGUUAUUAUCUACAAUAUACGAGGCUGAUAUCAGCAAUAUUGCUAAAUGGAAUAUAUUAUCAUCGACUCUUGACAGGAUUGUUAUGAUGAUUGAUAACACCUUUAUUGUUGGCUUCAAGUUUGAUUCUGACAAGUUAAAAAUUUGUUAUGUAGUUGAUCUAACUACAUUUAUGAAUUUGGGCAAAAAGCUGACUGACGAUGACGGUUAUGGUUACGUCAGUGGAAAAGUACAACUAGGCCUAAUAUUCCUUCUUUUUCAGUAUGGUUGCAUAUGUAUCCUAUUAAAAUAA